AUGGACUUUUCACUCCACUCUGCCUCUUUCGCCUUGAAGGUGACCUUAUUGUUGGGAUCCUUUCUCAGCCUCUGUCUUGGCCUUGAGUUUAUGGGCCUUCCAAAUCAGUGGGCUCGUUACCUCCGCUGGGAUGCAAGCACAAGAAGUGACCUAAGCUUCCAACUGAAGACAAACAUCUCAGCUGGGCUCCUUCUCUACUUUGAUGAUGGUGGUGUCUGCGACUUUCUCUGUUUAUCCCUGAUGGAUGGACGCAUUCAGCUGCGAUUCAGUGUAGACUGUGCUGAGGCUACAAUUGUUACAGAAAAGCAGGUCAAUGACAGCAAUUUACAUUUUUUGAUGGUUAGUCGCAACCAUCUCCGGACAGUUAUGGUUCUUGAUGGUGAAGCCAAACCUGGUGAGGUACGUCCACAACGUCAGUAUAUGAAUAUUGUUAGUGACCUCUUUUUGGGAGGUGUCCCAUCAGAUAUUCGUCCUGCAGCCUUAACCCUUGAGAGUGUCCUGGGUGAGCCACCAUUUAAAGGAUUUAUCAUGGACCUGAAAUACGGCAAUUCAGAACCUCAGCUUCUGGGACACCAAGGAGUCCGCCUGGACAUGGAAGGGUUGUGUACAGAGAAUCCUUGUGAAAAUGGUGGAACUUGCUUUCUUCUGGAUGGUGAACCACAGUGUGAUUGCUCAGCCACUGGAUACGUUGGGAAACUCUGUUCUGAAGGGAAAGUUAAGUCCUUCAGAAGUCUAAUCCAGUUCUGAAUCAUGGAUAUAUCCUCACUUUGGCUUUGCUGCAGGUUGCUCAAGAACAAGAAAAAGAAUUCACCUCCACUCUACACAAAAUAAAUGCUACAGAAGAGCAAGAUUUCCUGGGGAUGCUGCCUCCGGAAUGACAGUGGAG